CUCCUGCUCCUGCUCCUGCCGCUGCUGUCCGGCGCCGCGGCGGGGCCCGGCGGGGCGGCCAAGCUGUACCGGGCCGGCCGGGACGCCGUGUGGGUGCUGGACAGCGGCAGCGUGCGGAGGGCCACGGCCAACUGCUCGGCCGCCUGGCUGCUCCAGUUCUACUCCUCCUGGUGCGGACACUGCAUCGGCUACGCGCCCACCUGGCGGGCCCUCGCCGGGGACGUGCGAGAUUGGGACUCUGCCAUUAGAGUUGGGGUCCUGGAUUGUGCCGAUGAAGAGAACUAUGAAACCUGCCGUGAAUAUGGUAUUCAAUUCUACCCUUCUUUUAGGUACUUUAGGGCAUUUACAAAGGAAUUCACACAUGGAGAAAAUUACAAAGGAUCAGAUCGAGAACUACAAACAGUGAGGCAGACAAUGAUUGAUUUUCUUCAGAAUCAUUCCCAAGAAAACCGGCCCCCUGCGUGUCCCAAUCUGGAGCCCAUUUCGUCCAAUGAUGUUGCUUCUCUCUUUGACAUCAGUGGUGGACAUUAUAUUGCCAUUUUAUUUGAAAGCAAUAACUCAUAUGUUGGACGAGAGGUGAUGUUAGACUUGGUUCCAUUUGAAAACAUUGUGGUAAACAGAGCGCUGAAUUCUGAUAAGACAUUUCUAGAGAAGCUCGGUAUUACUUCAGUCCCUUCAUGUUACCUGAUCUAUCCAAAUGGGUCUCAUGGAUUAAUUAACAUCGUGAAGCCUCUUCGUUCUUUCUUUUCUUCCUAUUUAAAGUCAUUGCCUGGAGUGAAAAGGAAACUUUCCUCUCAAGUUACUUUGCCAAUAAAGCCAAAUAAAGAGGAAAUUGUGGACACUUCAGCCUGGAGGGAAUUUGAUAAGUCAAAGCUGUACAUGGCCGAUCUCGAAUCAGGAUUGCAUUACCUACUCAGAGUGGAGCUUGCUACUCACAAGACGCUGGAGGGAGCUGAACUAAAGACUUUUAAGGAUUUUGUUACAGUCAUGACCAAGUUAUUUCCAGGCCGCCAGUCUGUGAUGAAAUUACUGGAGACCUUACAAGAGUGGUUAGUGAGCCUUCCGUUGGACAAAAUCCCCUAUGAUGCAAUCCUGGACUUGGUCAACAACAAAAUGCGGAUCUCUGGAAUAUUUCUGACUCACCAUGUUCAGUGGGUUGGGUGUCAAGGAAGUAGGCCAGAGUUGAGAGGCUACCCUUGUUCCCUGUGGAAACUCUUCCAUAUUUUGUCUGUCCAAGCUGCCCUUCGGCCUAAAGCCCUCAUUAAUACAGACUUUGACCAGAACCCUCAAGGAGUCUUGCAGGUCAUGCGGCAGUAUAUUCAGAAAUUUUUUGGGUGCAAGGAGUGUGCUCAGCAUUUUGAGGAAAUGGCUAAAGAAUCCAUGGACUCGGUGAAAAUCCUAGAUCAGGCAGUACUUUGGCUGUGGAAGAAACACAACAUCGUGAAUUACCGGCUGGCAGGUCAGCUAAGCGAAGAUCCCAAAUUUCCCAAAAUUCAGUGGCCACCACCCGAGCUCUGUCCAGCCUGCCAUGAGGAAAUCAAGGGGUUAGACAGUUGGAAUGAAGACGAAGUGCUAAUGUUCUUGAAACAUUUCUAUAGCCAAGAAAAUAUCUUAGAUAAGUAUUCUGAAGAACAAACAGAUUCCAGUGAAGUUGGGCCUGGUGCAGAAGAUGCAAGAAAAGAAAAGAGUUCCCAAACGAAACCAAGUGAAAGCAGAGAUGGCAAAAUCCCGGAUUCACAUCAUGCUUUGGAUCCAAAUCAGAGAAAUGGUGGGCCUGUCAAAGACAGCGUAAAAAAUGAAUAUGAAUCAGGGCUUCAUAAAGAGACCAAACACUCUUUUUUAGGGAUUGGCUUUUCCAACAUAGACAUGAGUCUCUGUGUGGUUCUGUAUGUAGCAUCAUCUUUAUUUUUAAUGAUAAUGUACUUUUUUUUCAGAAUGAGGUCCAAGCGAUGGAAAGUCAAGUAUUACCGGCCAGUAGUAUAGGACACUUUGUUUUUUUAUUUUAUUUUCAGUUUGGUCAGAAGUGAAGUUUCUUUGUAAAUAACGGAUCCGGCAGUACCAGAUGCAGCUUUAAUAUUUAUGAUCAGGGAUUUUAUAUUGUUCAGGACUUAUUUUCAAACUGCAUUUUUCCCCUUACUUCCUCCAAGCUAAUUUUACAAAUGUUCUGUUGUGUAGAAGAGAAAGGGUGGACUUUUCCACGACAGUAUAUAUGUAUAAUUUGUAGCUCAUUGUGUUGGCAUCUUUUAAGGCUAUCUAUGUAAAGAACUUUUCUGCAUAAUUUAAUAUUCCAAACUUUGGGAAAGAAGUUGAAUACUUAUCCACGUGCCGAAAAUAUUUCCCAUUAGACUUCUACAUCCCAAGUUUACUCAACAGGCCAUCAGUCUGUUUGCUUUGUUUCUGUGUAUAGAGGAGCCUGGAUUGAUUUUUAUUCUUCCAGAGGUGGAGGAAGUUCAUCUUGAUUUGCCAUUUUAUGGAGGGAGCUGAAUGUUUGCUGGGGAAUGCUUUAAGAGCUCAGGUUUGUGUCUUGUUCUCUUAUCCACCAAAAAGAAGACUGCUCUUUGAAGGAAAUUGGAGUAAUAGUGAGUGGUUCUCGUCUGCUUGACUGUUCUUAGGGGAAGGAAAUAUUCAAUGUGAGCCCUUGCCCAGGACAGUCGAGGUGGGGAUAGCAGCGUUGCCGAGUUCCUGCAUCAAGAGCUCAAUCAAUGCUGAUGAAAUAGAGUAAAAGUCCUGAAUGUUUGUAUUCCGUACAGAGUAACGAUUUUAAAUUCUAUUGUAGAAAUCCCAAAUUGAGCCGGGGGGAAUAAAAAGACAUCUUGCAAUUGAUACAUUUGAUGCAAGACCCAAGGAAUGGUCAAAUGCAUGUAUGUUUUUAUGAAGUCCCUGUUGACAAGAAUGUAUGAGCGCAUUAUUGUUUUUCAAGAGCAGACCUGACAGGUUUGUCUUGGCUCUUCUGCCCAUGAGUUAGUGUAUGAUGAGAAAGAUCUGUCAGAAGAGUUGAGAAGAAAGAUCUGUUGGAAUAGGAUCCUCCCAUCUUGGGACGUUCCAGAAUUUUCUUCAUAAAACCAGCUGCAACUGAAGCAGCAAGUAGAGGCACCAGGCCUUAGCAAGGAACUGAUGGAAGAAGGCGAAACACUGCUUGCCACUUCUCCCCUGCCCCUAAUUCAAGCUCUUUGGUUUGACAGCCAUUAAUGGAAAGAUUUGAUUCCUAUUAUUGGAUAUUACUUAAUAAGUAGUAAGCAGAUCUGGUUUCCCAUUUCUGAGUCAGUUCCAUUUUCAAAACAAAUGAGUCAGGGAAGUUAUUACUGCAUACCUGAUAGGCCCCCAAACAUCAAUGUAUUUGAACUCCUAGGGUCUUUUUACAAUGUGAGUAAAUAAGUUGCUUGCAGGUAUCAAAGGAAUAUAAAAUCUCUAAACAAAACCCUGUUUUAAGACAUGUCCAGCUUAAUCUUUGGCAUAGAAUGUCCCCCCAAAUGCUGGCUCUUUGUCUUUCUAAGGUUUCACUUUAAACACAAAAUACAUGUGAAAUUGAAACUGAGGCACCCAAGUAGCAUGAACUCUGGAGCCAAAGCUGAUGUCCUAGUUGCUCCUCGGUGCUUUCAGAAAGAGAAAGAUCCUAAAGAAAGAUUGUCAGUCUUCCUUUCGGUUCCUUUGCUGCUGUCAAUGUCUCACCGGCUUAAUUUGACUUGUUCUGAAUGUUGUGUUUCAAAUAUGUCCUGGUUUAGACAUAGUUUUAUUUUUAAAAUUGUUUUAACCAUGUUGACCUUUAACAGAAGUUUCUAUUUUUUCCUCUAGCCUAUUUGAAUUUUUAUUUUGAGUUGCUUCUCAGUCAGAUUAAAGCCUUCAGAAGUUUACAGGAACAUUUUGACAUUGAGCCUUAGUUGAGGUUGAGAGUCAGUGACAGGGACUAGGUGAGGAAGGGGAUAUAUUCUUCAAAAGGUUUAUUUGCUACAACAGAUGCUCUCAACUAUCACUCUAUUUUUCUAUUUUAUUAGAAUGGUCUUAUUAAGGAAGACCAGGAAAUUGGGGCAUUCAAAGAAUGUAAAUGGAUUUGCAUCCAUUCUGCUUACUGUCAUGGUGCUAUGAAUUGUCCUGCUUUCCCCUCCUACUGCCCUGUGUAAGGCUUUUUUGCUCUGUCUUUCUUGACACUUCAGUGUAUUCCAGGUUGGGCCUUGAAUAGCUUGAAUUCCAGAUGAUUUAGGUGUGUGGGUAUCGUGAACAUUAAGCUAAUUUCUAAUUUAAUCACAGGAAUCUUUGUUCUUUCUCUUAUGUUUAUCUGCCAAUAUGAAGGUACCCCAGGAGCACCAAGGAAAAUGUUUUUAGGCAAAAUGUCUUCUCAGGCCUGAACAUCUCUUCCCAAACAGUUUUUGGGGUUUUUUUGUUUGCUUUUUCAAAUGUAGUGAAGGGGAUACUCCAUUACACCAGAGUCAGAUUAUACAAUUAUUUUCCCUUUCCCCAAAGCCCAUGUAAUUUCAGGUCCACCCUUUUGAUUGCUAGCAUUGCAAAGUAAGUCUUAUGUUCAGGACAGGUCUGUAACUUCCCAGGUAUGAGUGGUAUAGAUUGAAAAUAACAUUUUUAAGGGGGAAACUCAUUCAUGAUUCAGUGAUCGGUUAGAAGUUCAGAUAAAGGGAACCAGGGUGAUCUCUCUCACCAGCAUCUGGGAUGGGAGAAGCUUCUGUGCCAAGAAAGUCAAAUAACAGUGUUCUUGCAUUGAAUUGUGAAUUUCAAGUUAUGUAUUCACCACGUGUUGCUCCUAUUCAGAAUGAGAUGUUGGUACCUUGCAGGAAAGGAUCAAAGUAUAUUUUUAAAGUCAAAAAUCUUACAAAUGAGAUGUUGAAAAUGGUGUAAUAGUUCAGUAAUUUAAAUGCUUAUUUAUUUUUAAUGGAAAUAUUUUGAUUAAAAAGGAGCUCGGUGAAAUGCAGGCAUUGAUGUGAUUUCUUCCUACCAGGGAAAGUGACUAUUUUGUACCAAGCAGUUCACCAUAAUGGGUGUACUUUUCAAAUAAUAAAUCUGACAUUUGAAAAAA